AUGGAGGACUGCUCUAGACAUGAUGCCGAAAAAAUAAAGCUCCCUACCGCUGGAAAAAAUGACAAAAUAAGAUUUACAGAACACAAUAAAUCAAUGAAAGUUCCUUAUGUCAUUUAUGCCGAUCUGGAGAGCAUGCUCCUCCCGAUUUCUACUUGUGAACCAUCGGGAGUUGAUGAAAACGGUGCUAAGAGAUCGUACACAUACAGCUAUCAGAAACACGAAGCUAUAAGUUUCUGUUACUAUAUCUCUGGCAGUGAAAAGCCUCCAACGACAUAUUUCGGGGAAGAUGCUGGACGAAAAUUUGUCGAGGCGUUGAAAAAGGAGGCCGUGGAGAUAAAACAAAUCUACGAAAAGAUCAUUCCAAUGAAACCACUGGAGGAAGAAGAGAUACGUAGACAUAAAGAAGCGGUAACCUGUCACAUCUGCCAGGAACCUCUCAAUGAAACCGACAAAGUAAGGGAUCACGACCACCUCACCGGUUUGUAUCGAGGCCCUGCCCAUUCCAAAUGUAACUUAUUGUUUACUAAGCCCAAAUUUAUUCCUGUUUUCUUGCACAACCUUUCUGGCUAUGACAUACAUCAGUUCAUCAAAGAAAUAGGACGACAAGGUGAGAAACUCCAAGUGAUUCCGCAAAAUGAUGAGCGGUAUAUAUCAUUCACCGUUCAAGUUAGGGGAGGGUUGGAACUGAGAUUCUUGGACUCUUUUAAGUUUUUAAGUGCAAGUUUAGACCAACUGAUUAACAAUUUAACUACAGAUCAGUUGGAGCAUACAAAGAGAUUUGUCAGAUCAUCACAGAUAGACUUGGUAACAAGAAAAGGGGUUUAUCCCUAUGACUUCAUGGAUAACAUAACAAAAUAUGAUAUGACAACUCUGCCGGAACUUCAUGAUUUCAAAAACAAAUUAAAUAAGUGUGAUGUAUCAGAAUUAGAUUAUGAGCAUGCUCAAAAGGUUUGGGAUGAGUUCAACAUCAAAGAUAUGAGAGAGUACACAUUGUUUUACAACAAGAUUGACGUCCUCCAGUUGGCAGACAUUAUGGACAACUUCAGAGACGUUUGCCUUCAAACAUAUAGUCUCGACCCAGCGUGGUACUUCACAGCUCCCGGAUUAGCCUGGUCGGCGAUGCUGAAACUCACUGAUGUAGAGCUCCAGUUACUAACCGACCUCGAUAUGAUUCUAAUGGUUGAAAAAGGAAUUCGUGGAGGUGUUUCGCAGUGUUGCUUGAGACAAGCUCGAGCCAACAACAAGUAUAUGAGUCAAGGCUUCGAUGAGAACAAAGAACCUAGCUACCUGGUGUACUUAGAUGCGAAUAACCUAUAUGCUUGGGCUAUGUCGCAGGCGAUGCCAUUCGGUGACUUUAGAUGGCGAAAAGAUACUGAAAUAAAUGUUUUAGACAUCAGUGAUGACGCGGCCACCGGCUACAUUCUCGAAGUUGACCUCGAGUAUCCCGAAGAAAUUCAUGACCACCAUGCAGACUUUCCACUCGCACCUCACCACAUGAUUCCACCUGGGUCAAAAAUAUCCAAACUGGUCACCACUUUGUACGACCGAUCUAGAUACGUUGUACACUACAGAAAUUUAAAACAGUAUCUGAACCUCGGAAUGAAACUAAAAAAUAUACAUCGGGUUCUUGAGUUUUCUCAAAAACCGUGGAUGAAACCAUACAUCGAUUUAAACACUAACAUGAGGACCAAAGCAAAGAAUAAAUUCGAAAUUGACUUCUACAAGCUUAUGAAUAACGCGGUAUUUGGGAAAACUAUGGAAAACCUUCGGAAUAGAGUGGAUGUUCGUCUGGUAACCGACGAACGACAGGCGGAUAAAUUCAUUGCCAAACCGACAUUCAAGAGUCGGAAAAUAUUUACGGACCAUCUUGCAGCUGUGCACAUGACCAAAACAUCACUUCUUUUCAACAAACCGAUUUACGUGGGGGCGGCUAUUCUAGAUGUGUCGAAAACCCUUAUAUACCGUUUCCACUAUCAAGUGAUGAAGAGCAGAUAUGGUGAUCGGGUCAUACUCGCCUAUACUGAUACCGACUCACUGAUUUACAUCAUAUAUACAGAAGACUGGUACAUGGACAUGAAAGAAAUGAUUGACGAGUUCGACACGAGUGCAUAUCAAAGCUCCAACCCUUUUGGUAUGCAUCGAGUAAACAAAAAGGUUCUCGGAAAAAUGAAAGAUGAGCUGGAAGGUCUGAUCAUGGUUGAAUACGUUGGUCUGAAGUCAAAAAUGUAUGCCACUGACGUAGAGGAAGGUUUGAAUUGUAUAAAAACAUCUAAAAAGGCUAAAGGAAUCAAGAAAUCAGUGGUGGAAAAUGAAAUCACAAUAGAUGACUAUCGCAGAUGUUUGAAGACUCUCGAAGAUGUGUACAGACAAAUCAACAGCAUCCGAAGCCACCUGCACGAUGUUUAUAGUAUGACACAAUUCAAGAAAUCACUUUCGCCAAAGGACGACAAACGGUGUAUGAGGAAUAUUGGAGAACCUCUCAAGCAAUCUAGACACAGAAUUCACUUGUCCGACGGUCAGAAGCGUAAGCUACGCAUCGCGUUUAAAAAGCGUAGAACUGCUAUAAUUGGUUUAACUAAUGAUAGCCUCUCACGUGGAGCGGAUCAUAUACUGCUUAACGAAGCACAACACAAGGCUGUUGAAAAAGCUAUCCGGAACAAAACCGGUCUACGUCUGGCUGUGAGCUACGACCAGCUUUUGAAAAACAAAGAGGGUGGUCUUUUGAAAGAGAUGUUGGAAAUGGUUGAAUCAAAGGUGCCAUAUGGAAAACGUUUCAUAUCUCCAUUGAUACGACAUCAGGUGGCACCGAUUCUCAAGAACCGAUUCGUGCCGUGGUUGAAAAACCUGAUCGAUAACGAGCUAGAUUCAAUAAUUGAAAAAGACCCCAAGGGAGCCGGUCUUAAGCGAUGCAUCAACAACAAGCUGGACUCUCUUUUAAAAAACCCGUAA